CGUGCUUCAUAUCGCUCUCUGUCUCCCUGUGUUUGUUCGUGUUGCGAUGAGGUUACACGCAGCAAGCUAGUUAAAGGGUACAUCCAGUCCUCCCAGAGCCGCCAAGAAGAGCCAGAUGGGUUUUUUGAAAGGUUUGACUGGAGAUGAAACUGCGCUUUUGCUCGUUACCACCCUUUCCACUCGCAUCCAUCGCUCACCCAACCUGCUCACCUGUACAAAGCGGGGAAUAAGGGCAUCGAGAGCGACGAGCGAACAGCAGGGCUUCGCUUAGCGCCUCGAAGCAGCCUCACGCCUGCAACAGGUCGAACCGCUACUUGCGACCACUUGGCCCUCUAAACACACCGACGCAUGGUUCGGAGCGGCCGCAGCCGACAAUCAUGUCAAAAGCGAGCUCAUCUAGCUUUCUCUCCAAAGCAGCGCGCAAAACAAGCCUGGUGCGCAGCGCUCACGGCUCAGCCAACGCAUCCUCUGCCCCUGGCAUCACUCUACUGGGCAGCGCGUCGGCGCUGCCAUGGCGUCAACGCCUGGCGCAGCGCUCGCGCGUGACCAAUCUGGGGAUCCUGCUGCUGAUGGCGCUCACAUCGCUCAGUGUCGUGCUCAACAUUAAGCACUGGGCUUUCUCGAGCGACCCGCUGGGCCGCACACCUGCCCGCUGGGACACUUUCUUCAGCAGCACACCCAAGGCGCUUCAAAUCACCCUGCCGGAGCCCAUCAAGGGCACAGACAAGCUCAACCACCUGGUCCUCGUCGUCGGGCACGCAAUAUGGGCUGGCACCAAUUUUGCCGGGAGGAUGAGCGACGACAACUGGGUCUUGGAACAGUACCAGCGAGGAGGAUCGGUUAAGACAUUUUGGAAGCACAUCGAGAGGGGGAUCCAGAUUGCAAACAAGGACAAACGGGCUCUGCUCGUCUUCAGCGGUGGCCAGACUCGCUCGCAAUCGCUCCAAACCGAAGCCGAGUCAUAUUUCUCGCUGGCGCUCUCCUCCGGCAUGGACCUCCCGGUACUCCCGGGGUCAAGUUUCACACUCAAGACGAUCGGUGAUCAUGAGGCGAUCGUCAAGUCCUUCUUUGACGAUGACAAGGACGGUGCAGGGCACAUCGAUGUGAAUGCCAUCGGGUCCGGCGCUAUCCAGAACGAAGCCAUCGCCGCUGCGCCCGGCCUGGAGCAGAUACGCAUGACUACCGAGACGUUCGCGCUGGACAGCUACGAGAACCUGCUUUUCUCCGUCGCGCGCUUCCGCGAGUAUACUGGCGCUUUCCCCGAGCGCAUCACCGUCGUUGGGUUCGGUAUGAAGAAGGAGCGAUUUGAAAAUCUGCAUGCUAAGGCAAUACGAUGGCCCUCGAGGUCAUAUGUCCUAGGCCACAAGCGCUUUGCUUACAUUGGCAUCGACGACGAGGGGGACAAAAUCGAAAAGUACAAGCAUGAGCAGCAAGACGGGUAUAAACUCUUUGAAAGAGACAUGUAUGGGUGCCAUGGGGAGCUGCUCGCUAAGCGAAAAUCGCGAAACCCCGCGAGGCGCUUCCACCCUUACUUCUCCUCCGCUCCGGAGAUCGCGGGGCUGUUGAACUGGUGCCCACCCGAUGGAGUGGGCCUGCAAGGCACGUACCCCAAGAGCCUGCCGUGGGACCCACGCGUGACGGACGAUGCCUUAAUGGCGAUGCGCACCAAGCAUCCCAGCUAUACACGUGGAGGGGGCUGGCUACCGGACAUCCGAUGGCUGCAGUUCGAACGGGAGCGCGAUUGAAUAGAUGGCCCUGUCUCAGUUCGCCAGUCCGCUGGGCGCCGGCUCAAGCGCCGACUGGCACCCGUUACGUACCACGGAAAGUGAGACAUCCUUCGCCGAGAUCGCCAGCACACAAAGGCGACGCUUCUUUCCUUUGCACCAUUGCAAGCACACCCACCCACCACAUUGUAUUUCUAAUAUUUUGCGCAAAGAGCCUUCUGCCUAGGGCAACUCCCCGU